AUGGCAGACUGCUUCAGACGUCCCGACCCGCUGGUGUUUGAUGGCAACAUUGCGGAGAACUGGCGCGUUUUUGAGCAAGAAUACGACAUUUUCGUCGCGGCAGCUCAUUCAGACAAGUCUGCACGGACAAGAGCCUACAUUCUCCUGAAUCUAGCAGGCCCUGAAGCAAUCGAGAGGGAGCGCUCUUUUGUCUAUGCAGCGGAGCAAAAAGAGCCGUUGCUCCUGCACACCAUUCCUGAGCUCCCUUGGUCGACUGUAGCUGCUGACAUCUUUGAAUGGCACGGCCAGCAGUAUCUGGUGCUCGUGGAUUCCUUCUCGGGCUGGUUCGAGAUUGACCUGUUAAACAACAUCACGUUGGCUAAUGUGAUCUGCAAACUAAAAAGGCACUUCUCGGUCCAUGGAGCCCCUCACACUCUGAUCACAGAUAAUGGACGACAGUUCACAAACUCGGCGCUAGACUCGGCGCUAGACUCGGCGCUAGACUCGGCGCUAGACUCGGCGCUAGACUCGGCGCUAGACUCGGCGCUAGACUCGGCGCUAGACUCGGCGCUAGACUCGGCGCUAGACUCGGCGCUAGACUCGGCGCUAGACUCGGCGCUAGACUCGGCGCUAGACUCGGCGCUAGACUCGGCGCUAGACUCGGCGCUAGACUCGGCGCUAGACUCGACGCUAGACUCGACGCUAGACUCGACGCUAGACUCGGCGCUAGACUCGACGCUAGACUCGACGCUAGACUCGACGCUAGACUCGGCCUUAGCACUGCCUUAG